AUGGCAGGUGUGAGUGGCUGUAUAAAAUAUUCUAUGUUUAUCUUCAACUUCUUGUUCUGGCUAUGUGGCAUCUUGAUCUUGGCACUAGCAAUAUGGGUACGAGUGAGCAACGAUAGCCAAGAGAUUCUCAAUUCUGGGGACACCAGCAUUAACCCCGAUGUUGCUGUGAACAUCUUGAUCGCUGUGGGUGCCAUCAUCAUGAUUCUGGGCUUCCUUGGAUGCUGCGGUGCCAUCAAAGAAAGCCGCUGCAUGCUUCUGUUGUUUUUCAUAGGCUUGCUUCUGAUCCUGCUCCUGCAGGUGGUGGCAGGUAUCCUGGGAGCCACUUUCAAAUCUCAGUAUGAACACAUUCUGAAUGAAACUCUCUAUGAAAAUGUAAAGUAUUUGAGUUCAACAGAUGAUAAUGCAAAAGCAUUCCAGCAAGCUCUGGCUGAAUUUCAAGAAGAGUUUAAAUGCUGUGGUUUGGUCAGUGGAGCUGCCGACUGGGGAGGUAAUUUUCAACAGUUUUCCAAGUCAUGUGAAUGUCCAGAAGUGCCAGAUGAUGCUUGUACAACUUAUAAGGGAAAAUAUGUUUACAAACAGCCAUGUAUUUCUUUCUUAAAAGACUUAGUGGCAAAACAUAUUAUCGUAAUUAUUGGAAUAGCAUUUGGACUGGCAGUUGUUGAGACACUUGGUUUGGUGUUUUCUAUGGUCCUAUAUUGCCAGAUCGGGAACAAAUGAAUCUGUGGAUUUGUCAAGCUAUCAUCAGUCAAACCCCUUUAAAAUUUUGCUUUGGCUUUGUCAUGUUAAAUAUGUAAGUGCUAUAAAUGUCACGAGCAGCUGUCCUAUUAAAAUG